UUAGACAAAAUUUGGUAAACCAAGAACGCAGUUUAUUACUCAUAACAAGAAAAAUCAAUUCUUAUAAAUAAGACGACUCAGUUACUAACCAGUUAGUCCCAAGUCUGCAGAAGUAUCUAUCAUCAUGAAACUUGUAUUGUUGUUCUUUACAUUAUUCUUUGCGUUGCCUAUUGAAUCUGAACAGUUUGCAGACAAUGAUGUUUCUCAUAAACACGAAAUUGGCGAUGCUGUAGAUGACUGCGAUGACGAUGGUGAUAAUAAUGAAAUGUCAAAUGAUGAUGAUUGUGAUGAUGACGGUGAUGACGAUGAUGAUGAUGGUGACGAUGAUGAUAUCGAAAAAGAGGUCAAAUAACAAGCAUGUAAUCUUUUUGUGCAGAACGACUUUUGAAUGGCAGAGAUUUGUAUCUGAAAAGCAUUUUAAAAAAUGAUUUAAUUCUAUUAGUUUCUGUUUUUUUAUCCUAAUGUAAAUGCCAACAUACCUACAAUCCCGGACAUUAUAUAAUGAGAAGGAGGGCGGACUUGUGACCACAAGCAAUCGAGAACUUCAUUUCUAUCUAAGUAAAAAUCACUGAGUUUACUGUUCCGAAUGUACAGCGACAUAGGACAUAAUAUCUUACGAUAUUUGGUUAAAGUAUUAAACUAUAUUAAUUUUAAAUUGUAAUAGCACGUCCCAAA